AUCCCGGGCAGGGCUCGCCUCGCUGGUGACAUCACUGCCGAAGAUACUCCCCGCUCUCAGUGCCUGCCUUCACGAGGCAUCCGUCCGUUUGUCCGUUUCCUUCCGUACGGCUGCUGGAGAGGGCGCGUCGCCGGCCGGGGACAGAGCCGGGCACAGAGGAGCCACAGGACCCGGAGGAGGGAGAGCAAAGGCAGCGAGGGUAGGAGGACCCCGGCAGGCGACAGCAUGAAAUUCAGCCCAGCGCACUACUUGCUGCCUCUCCUGCCGGCGCUGGUCCUCAGCACCAGACAGGACUAUGAAGAUCUAGAAAAGCAGCUGAAAGAAGUCUUUAAGGAGAGAAGCAACAUCCUCCAUCAGCUGACAAAGACAUCAAGAGAACUUGAUGGAAUUAAAGUCAACCUUCAGUCUUUGAAAAACGAUGAGAAAACUUCCAAAACUGAUGUUCAGAAGCUUCUGGAAAUAGGUCAGAGACAAAGAGAACAAAUGAAGUCUCUCCAGGAGGUCCUGCAAAAUCAACUUAAAGAGACAUCUGAGAAAGCAGAAAAACAGCAAGCUACUAUUAAUUUUUUAAAGACUGAAAUGGAAAGAAAAAGCAAAAUGAUCCGAGAUCUCCAGAAUGAGAAUAAAAGCUUGAAGAACAAACUCCUGUCGGGAAGCAAGCUGUGUGGCAUCCAUGCAGAAGAGUCAAAAAAAAUCCAAGCCCAGCUGAAGGAGCUUCGUUAUGGGAAGAAGGAUUUAUUAUUUAAGGCCCAACAACUUACUGAUCUGGAACGAAAAUUAGCUGUGGCUAAAAUUGAGCUGGAGAAAGCAGCUCUUGACCGGGACUCACAGCUGAAAGCAAUGAAAGAGACCGUCCAUCUCUGCCUGUCAACUGUGUUCCGUAAUCAACCACCUCCCGCUUUGAGUCUAGCCAGGACCAAUCCAACUCAGAUGUCAGUUCCACCCGGACCACUGGGCAGUAUGAUUCCUGAUGCAAGGACAAAAAUCAAGCCUCAACAAACCUUUCCUGGAAGCAAUGAGAGCUCUCAAAUUGAGACAAGAAAGGAAGAAAAUCUGAACACUACUGAGUGCAAUCCUCUAAAUCUUUUACAAGAGGGCAGGACCUGUUCAAUGAAGCACAAUGACAAUCCCCCAACCAAUGCUACAAUAGAGCCAGUGACUACCCCACAGAAAUUGCAAAUCCUUCCUUGUACUGAAUGUGAGGUGAAACAAAUCCCGGAAAAACAAUUGACCAACUUUGAAGGGAGGGCAACUAGAGAAGAAAAAAUACUGUAAAUAUCAAGAAACUGUGUUAAAAACAUACAUUUAUGAUUGUCUUCAUACUCUUUUUCAACCACAGGCUUGAUGGAAAUACUGAGUUUUUAAAGCAUGCAACUUUUUCACAAUUUUAUGUAACUUUAUAUAGUCUACAAAUUUUCCAAAAGAUUCCAGGCCAAUUAUGAUCCUUAAGCAAUAACCGAAUUAAAAUGGAUAUCCACAGUCUUAAAUAGUCAUUGUCAUCAGUAAAUUGCCCAGUAUAGAUUGCUCAAUUUUGAACUCAAACACAGAAUGACAUUUAAUUCUUCUGGUUCAUUGGCUAUCUAGUACUUUCAUCACCUAGUUUUGAAAGUAAUUGGAAGACGAUAAAAUGUUAUCGACCCUUGACAUUCUUAGAAUCCAACUUGCAACCAUAUCAUAAAGAUUUGUCCACAUUGGCCAAUGGGAGUCACUUUCUUUAAGGCUGGAAUCUGUGUCAACCUGAACAUAUUGUUUAUAUGAGGGUGUUAUUGCUACACUUCUUAUUAUUUUGAACCAUGUCUAAAUAAUGUCAAGGCAAUUCUUUCAGAUUUUUAGUCAGUUUAUAGAAUUCACAAAGUGUGUUUGGUAGGAUGUAGACAAAAUAUCUGGAUGAAUGACUAAAUUUCUGACAUAAUUGAUGAGAUUUUUUUGGCAUUCUAUAGACACAUCCCUACGGUUGUGUGCUGGAAUUACUCCAAGUUAGGAAUUGAGUUCUUUGAAAUGCUUGGCAAGAUUUUUUUUUUCUAUGAAAUUGGGUAGUGGAAUGUGGGAUGAUAAGAGGAUUGCAAAACAAAAAUAUGCAAGCAGAUAAUUUACAUUUAAAAAUGGGGAUUUCAUGAAAGUAAAACAGAUAUACAUAACCAAUAAACCCAGAUUUGUAUAUUUUGAUAACAAAAGUAUUAUUAAAACAAGUCAAUGGCUGUGAUCAUCUUUGAAGUUGGGUCUCUACAUAGGAAUACCGCUAAUCAAACAAAUGCAGUCCUAAAUAAUCUGCAGGUAUCUCAAAAGCAGCAGGAAUUGAUACCCAAAUCCUGUUUGACUGAUAGGAUUGAUACAGUAUCAAACUUAAAGACUCAAGUUAAUGAGUUCAAUGACACAAUUAAGUUGUCUGCACUGAAUAGAUUCACUUCUGCUGGGUAGAUUCAUUUUGUAAAUGCACAAAAUAUAUAAAACCAUUGGUUUUAUAGAAUGGAAUUUCCAAGCCACACUGUGCCCUGGCAUGCUGUCUUAAAGGAUAUUGUUACUUUAAAAAAGAAGAGAAGGAAGAA